AUGAUGAAGAACAGAUCUACUGUUCCUGUUGCAAGAUUAUUUGGACCGGCGAUUUUUGAAGCCUCCAAAUUGAAAGUCAUGUUUUUAGGAGUUGAUGAGAAGAAGCAUCCAUCAAAGCUCCCAAGAACUUACACUCUAACUCAUAGUGACGUAACCGCUAAGUUAACUUUAGCUAUAUCUCAAUCCAUCAACAACUCUCAGUUGCAGGGAUGGGCAAAUAAGUUGUUCCGGGACGAAGUAGUGGCCGAGUGGAAGAAAGUGAAAGGCAAAAUGUCACUUCACGUUCAUUGCCACAUUAGCGGAGGCCACUUCCUCUUGGAUCUCAUCGCGAAGCUCCGGUACUACAUAUUUUGCAAAGAAUUACCCGUGGUGUUGAAGGCAUUUGUUCAUGGAGAUGAGCACUUGUUGAACAAUUACCCUGAGCUACAAGAAGCUCUUGUUUGGGUUUAUUUCCAUUCCAACAUCCCUGAGUUCAACAAGGUCGAAUGUUGGGGUCCGCUUUGCGAGGCGACUUCACACGAUGGUUGUAGAACUCACACGUGUGAAACCCUACCGGAGCAGCCUUGCCUUGAUGAGUGUAGCUGCUGUUUUCCAGCAGUCAGCAAGAUUCCUCAUGGCAGACACGGUGAAGAUGAUGAGGAAGUAGCUGUAGAGCGAAGAAAUCUUCUGACUAAGUAUAGGUAUAAUCGUAGUAAAAAAAAACAGUAA